GCUUUUGCGCGCACCUUUUUGGGUUUUUUAUGCCCACCCAACCCGAUUUUCUGCCAAAUAUUGAUUUCUCUCACACGUGAGGUACCCGCCGCCGCAGGGUCCAACGCGACUUCCCAACAUCGAAAUUAAGCUCGUCCACUCAGCCUGGGGCCUGCGAUUCCAUCAACCGCACCCUCUCCUUUCAACCGCUCAUCGACGGACGGCGCCUUGCGAUAGUUGCGAUGGCGUCGGGACGCGAUGUGCGCGAUAUGCUCGGCCUGCCUGCUGCCGGCGGUGAUGCGCCAAAGACAGUAGGUUCAGCAGCACUGGCGGCGCAGACACAGAAGCGGUCAAAGCCUGCGGGAGGGAGCAGGAAGAUACAGGGCGUUGCGCGCGAGGUUGCUGCGCUGUAUGGUGAACGGCCGCCGCCCGUCGCCGUCUACGAGGAGAAGAAGGCGUACAGGGCGAAGAGGCAGAGCACAGGGCCGGCAAAGAAAUGGAUACAACAGCCCUUUACCAAUCCCGCGCGUGCCGAUGGCCUUGUGCUGAGGCACUGGCGGCGCAAGCCCACAGCCGCACCGCCUGUACAGGAAGCCGAUGACGCGACGAUGCACGAGGGCGACGCGGCAGACACAUCAGACACCUAUGUCGAAACAUGCUCAGACUACGCAAAGUACGAUAUCAAGGUCGACAUGCCCAGCUUCACCGACGAGGAGUACGACCAGUUCCUGCGCAGCGACGACUGGAGUCGCGAAGAAACAGACUACCUGUUUGAAGUCGUCCGAGACUAUUCGUAUCGAUGGCCUGUCAUAUGGGAUCGCUACGACUAUCAGCCGUCGCGACAGUACGCGCCAGACUUGACAGACGGUGGCGACCAAGCACUCGCAACAAUGCCGUUUGCGCCUUCAAAAAAGCGAUCACUAGAAGAUCUCAAAGCGCGCUUUUACGACAUUUCUGCGAAGCUCAUGAAGCAGCGCAUACCAGAAGUCUCCAUGGAUGCCGACCAAUACAGCCUCUACGAGAUGCUCACCAAAUUCGAUCCUGUCAUGGAAAGGAACCGCAAGAUGCUAGCUACAGCGCUCAUCAACCGCACAAUGGACGAGGUCAAGGAGGAGGAAUUCUUACUCACCGAACUCCAGCGCAUCAACAUGGCUGCCAACCGUCUCGAUGCCGAACGCGAAGAACUCCGGGCACGGCUCGACGCACCACCCCAGAAUCCACAAGCCUCGGCAGGGUUACAAGCCUUUACAUCAUCACAAGCGCUACAAGCUCUUUUCCAGCAAUUAUUCCAACAAGACCGCAGCAAGAAGCGUGCAGCCGGUGGUGGGUCAGGACCUGGUCGGCUCAGUCUCUCCGCCAACGACAUGGUACACACUCCUGGCUCAGCGCAACAACAACUAUCCGCAGCGAAUCGCCGGCAAAGCAUGGCACAGAACCAACAAACACCUGCCCAAACGCCUGUCAAGCAUCUCUCUCCACACCAAGAGCAUCGCUUCAACGUAUCAACACACGACCGGCUCACAUCAGGAGUUACGUUCGGCUCUGACAAGUUGCUUAAGAUGCGACAGGCCAAGAGCAAUGUUCAGACGCAAAAGAUUGGCCAAAUGCUUGCAGCGCUGGGUGUGAGUGACAUUGUCCCAAUACCCACUAGCAAAGUGGGUGAAGUCUUUGAAGUUUUGGUUACCAAGGUCAGCAAAUUGCUCGAUGUGCGAAAAGUGCGUGAGAAGGAAGAGGGAGAAUGCAAAGUUUUGCUUGCUAUGAAAGAACGGCGCAUGGGUAGUGGAAACGGAAACAACGGUGACGCUGAUGAUGGCGAUGUGGAUGCCGAAGGCGAGGACGACAGCAAACAACAGUCUCGAGCAACGAGUCACAGCGCGUCUGGCCAAGGGCACAAGAGAAGUGCAAGUGUCUUUUCACAAGGGAGCGAGAUGAGCAGCAAACGAGCGAGAAAGUAG